UCACUGAAAACACCCGGCAUGCUCCACGGUGCUCCCGCCAUCAGGCAAAGCCGGGUGGUAAUUUGUAAUUCCUGCACUUUCGCCUUCAGUUUUUCCCCCGAAAACAAAUAAAUUACAACAACAAUGGGUACCGAAGAAGAUGUUCUUCGUAUCGGGAGGAAGUUGGAUAAGUUAAUCGCGAAGAAUUCGUUCGAGAAUGCUCUGGACAUUCUGAAGUCACUGAAGGAACUCCCGAUGACUCUAGAUAUUCUACAGAAAACACGCAUCGGGAUGUCAGUCAAUAAUCUGAGGAAAUCCAGCAAUAGUGAGGAAGUGAACGCCAGCCUGGCCAAGUCUUUGAUAAAAAGUUGGAAGAAACUCCUCAACCAGAAUGGUGCCCCAAAAAGAUCAGACUCCACCUCAUCAGAACCAUCUGAAAAGUCUCCACCUGAAGGGACAAAGUUGCAAAGACAGGACUCCAGCAGCACUGCAGGGUCAUCCUUCUCUUCUAGCCAGGACAGCUUCCCAGCCGUGACCAAGACACAUGACAGCGUGAGGGAAAAGUGCCGCGAGAUGCUUGCCAAUGCCCUGAAAACUGAUGCAAAGCCGGAGGACGAUUUCAACUACGAGUUCACAGCAGCCAGAAUUGAGGAAUGUAUCUUUCAAGAGUUUAAGAACACAGAGAUGAAGUAUAAGACCAGGGUGCGCAGCCGUAUCGCCAACUUGAAGGAUGCUAAAAAUCCCGGACUGAGAGAGAAGGUUCUUCAUGGGGAUGUCAGCGCUGAAAAAAUGGCCAAGAUGACUGCCGAGGAAAUGGCCAGUCCCGAGAUGAAGGAACUUCGACAGUCCCUCACCAAGGAGGCAAUUCGUGACGCUCAGAUGGCCACGACAGGCGGCACCCAGACAGACCUUCUCAAGUGUGGAAAGUGUAAGAAGAGAAAUGUCACCUACAAUCAAGUGCAGACACGGAGUGCAGAUGAACCAAUGACAACAUUCUGCUACUGUAACGAGUGUGGAAACCGAUGGAAGUUCUGCUGAUCUCCAGAAAAAUAUCAGCACAGAACCCCAGGAUAUGGUGGAAGAUAAUGUAUGCAGCAUUGCAUACACGUGCAGCUUCAGCACCAACUGAAUCAUGGCCUUUAGUAGAGAGGUGUUUCCAGAAGUUUUCCUUAUCAACAUAAGGUGAUUGUGGGCCCUUCAACUCAGAUGUCUCAAGGAAUUGCCCAGCAAUGGCAUUCAAUCCUGCCCACAUUUCUUACCAUAAAUAGUUCUCGAGAUAUCUGUCUUCAAUGAGAUAAGUUAAGUGGGACGCUUUACAAAUUUUAGGACACUGUAAAUACUACAUGUAGUAAACCAUAGACUGCAUGUCCAUCAUAUCAAUCAAUUUUAUUUCUCUUUCAAAGUAAAGAAAGUUUUUCUCUUUCUGCAAUUUCUAGUUGGACACGUAUCAUGGGCUAUGGUCAAUGUGCUAGACAACACAUCUUUAGUAUGGCUUGUCUGUACGGAACAUUAAUGUAAUGUUAGUUACAACCAUGUAGUUGAUGUAGAUCUAUGUGUACAUACACAUGACUGCAAAAUGCCUAGAUCUCAUGCUGGAAAAUCAUGGAUAUUCCUUGUACUCUGAUCUUCCAUACUCAAGAUGUCUCCAGCUGCCUGUGGGAUAUUAAAGGAAUGCCUCCAGAAAGAGCCAACAGUAAAAGUAUUGGAAGGUUGUAGCUGUAAUGCAGCAUGUAUUAUGUAUUGUGACCUGACAUCUAAGAACAUGUUCAGCUUUUAAUGACCAAUGAGAUAUUCUGUCAAACAUGAUUCUCUCCCAAGACUACUAUAACUUGUAAAACUGUGAAGAAGCAAAGAACUUGAUGAAAGAAAGAAUGUUAUCUGGCUCUUGAGGCAUUGCCUUGCAAUUAUGUUUUUGUAACAUGAUUAUGAAGUUGAUAUGAACAUGACUUAGUCUAGUGCCAGUUGUGGCUUAUGUGUGCAACAUGAGAAGGGGCGUGAGAAACCAAAAGCACAGAGAGUAAUUCCUGUACAAGGAUAGGUAUAACCUGGAGGGUUGAAAGACUUCUGUGCUCUAGUUGUACAAGCUAUGAUUAUUAGUGGGAGGAAACACAGAUCACCUACAUGUAUGGUGGCAUCCUUUGUAUUCUUUUCUGACUACAUGUACCGGUGUGUGUGUAGCUGUCAAACUUUGUAGAAGAGUGCCCCCUUCAAAAUUAAAAAGUUGUACAUAUGUUA